AAGCACGCCUCUUCUCCUUGCUUUUCUAUCCCUGUUUUCUCAAGGCCUUCUCCAUCAUCUUCCUCCUUACAGCUUUAGCCUUUUAUAAUCUUAACUAUUUCAUCCCGAAUUUUGCCCGAGAAUCCCAACUUUCAGUCAUGUUGGUGAGUAGAAUUGCAGCUCGUUCAUCUCGAACCAUGGUGACUCAGUGCCGCAACUCGUUGCUUCCCUUGGCUCGCCAAGAGCAACCAUUUAUCCCCAUUCUCUCCAGUCAAUACCACUCCCUUGUCGAACCCCGAAAUAAGGUGGUUUCAGGACAAGUGGCUUUAUUACAUCGCUCCUUUCUGAAUGGAUCUCCAUUUCAACUGUUUGGUUUUUCAUCAUCUGCUUCCCCGCAACAUAAUGAGAAGGAUACAGCACAACCCGGAGCAGAAAAUGGAAGUGAUGCUGCUGCUGCAGGAACAAGUACAGAAACAGAAGUUCAUGAUAAAACUGAAGCAUCAGCUUCUACGGAUUCUCAAGUUAAGGACGAAAAAGAUGUAUCAGGUUCUAAUGUGGAGCCUAACUCUAUCACAUCACAAUCUGUCAAAAGAAGGAGAAGAAAAACUAAAUGGUUUUCAUUUUCUAAUUCAGAUUCAGAUUCAGAGGGUGAUCUCUCGCGGGAUGACCUCGUGAAACUUGUGGCGGAGAAGGAAGAACAAUUGAAGAUCAAGCACGAAGAGUUGCAGAAAUUGCAAGAUAAAGCUCUUCGUACUUAUGCUGACAUGCAAAAUUCCAUGGAUAGGACAAAACGUGAUGCAGAAAACCUGAAAAAAUUUGCCGUUCAGGAUUUUGCCAAGAACUUAUUGGACGUUGCGGAUAAUCUUAGUAGGGCUUCUUUGGCUGUGAAAGACAAUUUCUUGAAGAUUGAUGCAUCCAAAGAUGCUGUUGGAGCUGUGCCACUUCUAAAAACACUUCUGCAAGGUGUUGAAAUGACUGAAAAACAGCUGGCUGAGGUAUUCAAAAAAUAUGGAUUGCAAAAAUAUGAUCCGGUAGAUGAAGAAUUUGAUCCACAUAGGCAUAAUGCCGUUUUUCAAGUACCAGAUCCUUCCAAGCCUCCCAACACUGUUGCAGUUGUUUUGAAGGCCGGAUACAAGUUACAUGACCGGGUCAUUCGGCCAGCAGAAGUUGGUGUGACACGGGCUGUGGAAAACGAUGCAGAACAAAGCUCCGAAACCUGAUCAAAAUGUAUAGCUUACUGCAUGCAUAGUCCUUGAGCUUGUCUGAAGAAGAUCAAUGCCAUGGGGUUCCAGUCCUAUAAGCUCAAUCUAAUCUUUUCCAUUUUAGGGGAUAGAUCGUAAUUUCUUUCCUGUUUUCAGCUUUCAUUUAUUGUGACGUUGCAGAGAUGGCGCCACUAGGAGCAGCAGUGUCUAAAUCUUAAGCUCUGUGACGGGAUUUUUUUUUUUUCGGAAGUUUUGUAACAGGAAUUUUGAUUAGAGGGAUAAACAUUUUUGCUCCUAGUUGCUUUUUCCCGUCAACUCGAUGGAUCGUUGAUGGCGGAGCUAUUUAUCGGCGAGCAAA